AGGGCUGGGACCUCCCUCCAGCGCAGGAGGAGACUCAACCCGUGCUUUUUGCGGGCUGGGUUGCAUCGCACCCCCCUUGAUUUGCAACUCUCCCCCCAGCCACCCUUCGGUUCCCCAGCAGCUGGAGGAGGCUGCUCCCCGUCGGGGUAUGUGCGGGCAGCGGCGGGAUGGCCUCGGCCGUGUUUGAGGGCACCUCUCUGGUGAACAUGUACGUGAGGGGCUGCUGGGUGAACGGCAUCCGGAGGCUCAUCAUCAAUCGGCGCGGGGACGAGGAGGAGUUCUUCGAGAUCCGCACCGAGUGGUCGGACAGGAACGUUCUCUACUUGCACCGGAGCUACUCGGACCUGGGCCGCCUCUUCAAGAGGCUGCUGGACUCUUUCCCGGAGGAUCGCCCCGAGCUGUCACAGUCCCCCCUGCUCCAAGGACUAAUCACAAUAAAAGAGGCCCGUGAUAUAGAAGCCAGGCUUAAUGAAGUGGAGAAGCUUCUGAAGAUUAUUAUAAAUAUGCCUUGGAAAUAUUCUAGAUCUGAAGUUGUCCUUACCUUCUUUGAAAGAUCUCCGUUAGAUCAAGUGUUAAAAAAUGACAAUGUCCAUAAAAUUCAACCAAGCUUUCAGAGUCCGGUUAAAAUAUCAGAAAUCAUGCGAUCUAAUGGAUUUUGUUUAGCAAACACUGAAACAAUAGUUAUUGACCACAGUAUACCAAACGGAAAAGACAAGCACCUGGAUGUAGAUUCAGCAGAGCACUUGUUUGAAACCGUUAGUGAGUUUACUUCAGAGCUAGAAGACACUGAUGAUCCAGCAGCCUAUGUCACCAACUUGACAUAUUACCACCUGGUCCCAUUUGAGACGGAUAUUUUGGACUGAGGCUUUCCAGGGACCCAGUCAGCUAGCAUCCAACUGAUUUCUUUGCUCAUAGACUCUGCUUUCCCAUUGCUCUUCUAUGAAUAAAGCUGUGUGAUUAAAAACAGCAGAGAAGUUGCUGCAGAUAUGCCAUGAAACUGAUUUUGCAGCUUAGCCCUUCAUUGUGACUCAAGGAGGUACCUUGCAAGGAAGUAACUGCUUCAAGAAACUCCUUUUUCUCUGAACGGAAUGUAGCAAGAUCUU